AUGAGUAUUUUUUCGAACUCAGUACCACUUCCUUCAUCACCAGACCCCAGCACACAAUAUGAGAUAUUGCAAUGCAUAGGUCGUGGUAACUUCGGUGAUGUUUACAAAGCUAGGGAUUUAACAACUAAUGAGAUUGUUGCUAUAAAGGUCGUGAAUUUAGAGGAUACUGAUGAACCAAUAGACUUAUUAGCACAGGAAAUCUUUUUCCUUUCUGAAUUGAAGUCACCGUACAUUACAAACUACAAAACGGCGUUUCUAGUAGAUGUUUCGAUGUGGAUUGUAAUGGAAUAUUGCGGUGGUGGUUCAUGUGCAGAGCUUUUAAAGUAUACUCCAGAACAUAAAGUUACCGAAGAACAGUGCGCUUUUAUAGUAAGCGAGGUAUUGAUAGGUCUAGAUUACUUGCAUUCACAGAGGAAAAUUCAUAGGGAUAUCAAAUCAGCAAAUAUUUUGUUAACGGAUAAUGGACAGGUAAAAUUAGGCGACUUUGGUGUCAGCGGCCAAAUGAUGGUUACAAGAAAGAGAGAUACGUUUGUUGGGACACCAUUCUGGAUGGCUCCUGAGGUUAUUGACAGGAAUAAGCAAGGUUAUAAUGAGAUGGCAGAUAUUUGGUCCCUAGGGAUUACAGUAAUCGAAUUAUUGAUGGGACAUCCACCGUUGGAUAAAUACGAUGCUAUGAAAGCAUUAAUGGCCAUCCCUAAGAGGGAUCCUCCAAAAUUGGACAAGAAAUUCUCUUCUCAAGCAAGAGAUUUUGUCGCACAGUGUUUGAUAAAAGAUCCUUGCCAACGGCCAACUGCUUCGGAAUUACUAAAACAUAGGUUUGUAAAAAGGGUUCGACUAUGCAAUCUACGUGAUCAAGUAGAACUUGUAAAGAGGAAUAAAAUGAUCUCCUUUGCAACUCGUGAACCCAAGUUUCCUUUACUAAACAAACUUUACAAAACAGGCAAAAAAUCAUACCUAGGAACAUGGGACUUUGGUAUCAUGGAUUCUGCCUCACCUGAAUCCCAAAUUAGUCCGAUACUAUCCAGCACUUCUAAGACACCUGAGACAAACAUUACAGUUUCACCUACCUUGAACAAUUACUACGAGGAGAAGGCCAUUAAAGCCGCCGUGCCACCCCAAAAGGAAUUGAACUUCUUCAAGCAUGUUAUUCGUUACAGUCUAAGGCGUGUACGUGAUAGAGCACGCACCCAAGAGACGAAAGACGCUGUAGAUCAACUUUCUGUAGUUUUCGCCGAAAUAGAGCAAAACCACCCUGGAUUGAGCGAAGCUUUUACAGAAGAGGUUUCAAGAAGGAUGAGCUAUCUAAAACAAUACAUCACUUGA